AGACACAAGACGAUUUGGACCCGUGCAGUUACGUCAAAAACACGACACUUAAAAAACACAUCAGCCUACCACCGCCGAACAUGGAGAAAGUCAAGGACAAGGUCAAAGACGCGUUCUCGCACAGGCACAAUCUCGAUCCAGAUGAGCCGACCAACGAACUGGCCGCGCCCAGCAGCGGACGCAAAGAGGACGACACUAAGGAGGAACUGCAGCCCGCCAGUCGACAUACCGUUGACAGCACCAAGGAAGACCUGAACCCUCCCGGACACCACGACGUGGGACGCGGGGACAGGAGUAAGGAGGAAUUGGCCGCACCGAGUACUGGGGGCGAGGAGAGCCGGACCAAGGAGGAAUUGGGCGCGCCUGGACACCACGACGUGAAACGCGGCGAGAGGACCAAGGAGGAGUUGGCCGCGCCGUCGGGGGUUUAAUUUGUCUCGUUGUCUGAAUCCGUGCAAAGACACGUCGCAGACGGGUAGUGGUGGCAAUAAGGCUUUGGCCGACUGGGUGGUGCACCUGUAUUCUUAUCAGAUUUGGCAUCUAGUCUGGACGCGAUGAUGACUUACGAUCAACGUGCUUUCCUGCUC